AUCAAUUGAACCGAAAUAAACAAGUUUUUACCGGCCGGAAACUCGAAAUGUCGUAAAUAAUAGAUGUAAAAAUAACACACAUCAAAGUUUUAAUCACAAAUUUACAUGGAAAUCAUUAAAUAUGGUAUUAAUAAUAAAUCUAAGCAAUUGUCAAGUCGGCUUAAUCCAAUUUCGAGUAGUAUGGAUGAUGCUUCACCCCCAUUCCAUGGACCACAACCUACUGCGAUUAGUAGUCAUAGUUGGUGAAUUUUUCGCAAUCACACCCUCAAGAACCAAAAUCGGAACACUUCGUACCAAAAUCUACGCCAUUGGUGUCAUUUUCGUGCUAAUGACAGCUUCCACCCUCUCUGUCAUCUACUACCGAAAGCCCCUUUACGUCAAUUUCUCCGAAGUCAAGUUGGUCGUGACCAUAGCAAUGGUAUUAAUUGUCAACGUCUUCAAUUGUUACACAGUGCUGGCACCAGUUUUCUGUAAACGCCAAAAGUACUGCCAACUUAUGGCGAAGUUUAUUGAAAAUCACCACACACCCAAUUUUCGCACUUAUGUGACAUUUUUCACCCCAAAUUUGGUCUACUGGGUGGUCACGUUUUACGUAGCUUACGUAUGGACCGACAUUUUAGGAUUUGAUUAUUACAAAGAGUAUUUUGUUGAAGUGGUACAACUGUAUUUUCAGUUUUAUUAUAAUUAUUUUUUGUGUGUUGUUGUGAGGAUUUUUUGGGAGAAAUACAGGAAUGUUAAUUUGUUGUUGUCGGAACAGUUGGUACACAUGCAAAGUCGACAGUUUGCUGAAUAUGAGAAGUUUCACGCAUUCAUAAAAAGGAUGGAAGGGUUGGUGUGUUCGAUAAAGGAGUUAAAUGAGACUUUUAAUGACGUUUUUGGAUGGCCAAUUAUUAUGAUUAUUUUAUACUCAAGCUUGCUUCUCUUGAAUUAUUUGGACGACAUUUUUAAGAACAGUUUUGGUUAUGACAAUAAACAAUACAUUGGAGUGAUUAUUUCGAAUAUUAGUGUCGUCUUUUUGACAGCUGUUGGUACUUCUGUACUAAUUUUGUUGUGUGAUUCGGUCUUAGAAGAGGUAAAAACGACAAUUUUACUCUCAUAUAAGAUCAGACAAUACGCUGUGUUGAAAGAAAGGAAAGAAAUUUCCGAAUUUAUAAAUGUGGUUCUCCAUAAUUCUCCCCAAUUUACAGCUGCAGGAUUUUUUUCUAUAAACAAAACAACCGUUUUUCAUAUGAUGGGGACCGUAACGACUUUUUUUAUAAUCAUUAUCCAGUUCAAUACGAACAUGAAAAUAUAGAAUAAAAAAAUUGAAUCAAACUUAGUCUGAUUUAUAUUUUACAGUUGGUAGUGUUGCACCAAAACUAUUCAAGUUAAAAAUCAAUUAUAAUUAUAAUCCGG